AAAAACCAAAACAACAACAACAAAAAAACAAAACCCUUGACAUUCAUUGAAUUAAUAAAUCAAAGAAUACAAUGUUUGAAGUAGUUUUAGUUAUUCAUUAUCAGAUGUUAGGAUAUAUCUCAGUUGUCUGAAUUGUGCCUAUGAAUUAGCAAUGACAAGAGGUGAGGAAAAGAAAAGAAGUGUUAAAUAAAGAGGGAAAACAUAAAAAGCAGAUGGUAAGAAUAAGGCAGCAUCUCAGAAAACAGCAGGUCCAUCCUCCCAUGCCCUCAGGACAAAAACCUCAGCGCCAUCCCUGACUUCUUUCUUUCAUACCUAAGAUCUAAACCUACAGCACGUCUUGGGUGCUCUUUUAAAAAAAUGUAUCUGGGACCCACACAUCUGUUCUACUGCCUGAGCCGCACCCCCAUUGUCUCGUGGUUAGGCUGGACAUCAGCCUCCAACAUCGCCUCUUCACUUGCCCUUCACGGACUGUGCACCAGCCACACUAGCCGCACCAGCUGCAGCUCCCUCUCCGCUUUCCCAGGCUCACAGCUCUGUGAGGCUUCUCAUUUUCGCUUCCACCGCCACCUCCAAAUAACGUUUCUCCCCAUACUUUCCUGGCUCGAAGCUCUUCUCUUUCCUGGCUUUUGUGUAGACCCCUCCUCUGAGUCCUCUGACCACAUUGUUGAAUUUGCACACAUAGAGGUAGAGACAGAGACUGUAAUUCCGAUCUCCCUCUCCCUAACUCUUUUUUUCUAAAGCACUUUCAUUUUCUGGCACGCCACAUAUUUUACGUAUGUAUUUGCUGUGGCUGUCCACCCCAGAAGGGCAGGAAUCUUCCUCCUUUCCACUGCUCAAGGGCAGUGCUUGACACACAGUGGGUGCUCAUGGGGAGCCAGGAGUAAAAAAUUGGUGAGAUGUAGUUAAGAUGCAUUAGCAGAAACCAAAAUUAUGAGAUCUUGACCAAAUUAUCUUAAGCUCUUGUUAAUUGAGGAUGCUGGUGCUGUGCUUAUUUUGGCGAAGGUGACCUGAGCAAGUUCACCAAAGGCAGCGCAGUGCCCUCUGCUCUUCGGGAGAAGCUUCAUAAAUGGUAGUGAUGAUGACACUGACAAUUCUUGUGAGAGGGAAAAGGCAAACAAAGGGAAAUAGGAAAGUGUUACUGCUCUUUCCAACAUCUUUUAUUAAAAUGUUUGCAUUUUACUGCAGAUGUUUUUUGUUCUCUUCCUCAAAGAGAACUCCCCUGAGUCAGUGUUAAUAAAUCUACCCAUAAAAGCUUAGUAAGAGGACAAGUGAAACCCCUGACAUUCACCUGGGGAAUAAGGUAUCAUGCAGGGCCACCACGUGGAACUGGAUAGUAGUCAGAUGUGCACAUCAGCGGGACCACUAACCUCAUCACUGUUUAAUACCAAAAUAGACAUUUUUAACUUGACAACAAUCGUAAGUCUUACAGAAGAGACUUGAUUGUGUUCACUAUGCGAUGUUUACUAAGGCAGGACAUGUAAAUAUAGAUGAGAAAAAUGCUCAGUAUUAAAAUGUAAAGGAAUGGACUUCAUGGGCUAACUUUUAGUUCUCUGGCUUUUUAUUUUGAGUACCCACUUACCAAGAGUUUAUAUUGGUUUGGCUAGCAGUGAGCUCUCUAACAAGAUGCAAUGCCAUGGAAUUCAUCAUUUCGCCAAUUAUGAAUAAAAGUAGUGGAGACGGCCAGCCUUAAAUAUAGUGCCUUUGGUGAUUAAGGAUGAUCAGGUGAGUGGUUAAAUAGAUCAAGAAAAGGAAAGAAAAAUCCAACAAUCCUUAUUAAAAAACAAGGGUAAAAAUGUCAAAACAGUAGGCAGGCAAUAGGAAGAAUGUCACUAAAUUAUGUAUUCCUUGGGUUAUUAACAGUUAGACCAUAAAGUUACAAUGUAAGCAGAGGCUUGGGUCAGGGAAGGAAAGAUGUUCUAAGCAAGUGCAUAAAGAAAUAGAAUUGUACUUGAUGGUGUGUGUAUGUAAACAUACGGGAACUGUUUAGAACUGUACACUGGAAUUUCUACGUAAAGUCUCAUGAUUUAAUAUAAUGUCUCUGAGGCAUAUGUUGCAGAAAGGACAUUUUCAGAGAUUAUUAUUUAGAAACAAGUAUAUCAUAUGCAUUUACAAGAAAUAAUUUUGUCUUCUUAUUUUGCUAUACUAUGAAUACAUUGAACACAGGUUCUUUUUUUAAAGGGACAAUGCAGCUGUUUCCAAACAUAUUUUAUUAAAACGUUUGUAUUUUACUGCCAGUUUUUUGUUCUUUUCCUCCGAGAGAACUCCUGGUGGCCAAUGUUAGUAAAUUAACCUUUCUAAUUCAGGAGCUUGAACAACAAUGAUGUAAUGGGCUCUAAUGGUGUUUACAUUCAACACAGUAUUGGUGAAAGUAGAAGAAAGACACUUAUACUGCAUAAUAAGGGUUCAUGUAAUCAAAGAAGUUUCUUUGUUGUGUGUAUCUUUACAGAACACAACAGGAAUUGAAAAUGAAUCAGAACACUACGGAGCCUGCGGUGGCCACUGAGACCCUGGCUGAGGUACCCGAACAUGUGCUGCGAGGACUUCCGGAGGAAGUGAGGCUUUUCCCAUCUGCUGUUGACAAGACCCGGAUUGGUGUCUGGGCCACUAAACCAAUUUUAAAAGGCAAAAAGUUUGGGCCAUUUGUUGGUGAUAAGAAGAAAAGAUCUCAGGUUAAGAAUAAUGUAUACAUGUGGGAGGUAUAUUACCCAAAUUUGGGAUGGAUGUGCAUUGAUGCCACUGAUCCAGAGAAGGGAAACUGGCUGCGGUAUGUGAAUUGGGCUUGCUCGGGAGAAGAGCAAAAUUUAUUCCCACUGGAAAUCAACAGAGCCAUUUACUAUAAAACUUUAAAGCCAAUCGCGCCGGGCGAGGAGCUCCUGGUCUGGUACAAUGGGGAAGACAACCCUGAGAUAGCAGCUGCGAUUGAGGAAGAGCGAGCCAGCGCCCGGAGUAAGCGGAGCUCCCCCAAGAGCCGGAAAGGGAAGAAAAAAUCCCAGGAAAAUAAAAAUAAAGGAAACAAAAUCCAAGACAUACAACUGAAGACAAGUGAGCCAGAUUUCACCUCUGCAAAUAUGAGAGAUUCUGUAGAAGGUCCUAAAGAAGAGGAAGAGAAGCCUUCGGCCUCAGCACUUGAGCAGCCGACCAUCCUCCAGGAAGUGGCCAGUCAGGAGGUGCCUCCAGAACUAGCAACCCCUGCCCAUACCUGGGAGCCACAACCAGAACCAGACGAGCGAGUAGAAGCAGCGGAUUGUGAGGUGAACGAUUUGGGGGAAGAGGAGGAGGAAGAGGAGGAGGAUGAAGAAGAAGAAGAAGAAGAAGAUGAUGAUGAGUUGGAAGAAGAGGGGGAAGAAGAAACCAGCAUGCCAAAUGAAAGUUCUGUGAAAGAGCCAGAAAUACGGUGUGAUGAGAAGCCAGAAGAUUUAUUAGAGGAACCAAAAACGAUUUCGGAAGAAACUCUUGAAGACUCCUCAGAGGUAACAUCUGCCGCACAAAUCCCCAGAACUAAAGAAGAGGCCAAUGGUGAUGUAUUUGAAGCGUUUAUGUUUCCGUGUCAGCAUUGUGAAAGGAAGUUUACAACCAAACAAGGGCUUGAGCGUCACAUGCAUAUCCAUAUAUCCACGGUCAAUCAUGCUUUCAAAUGCAAGUACUGUGGGAAAGCCUUUGGCACACAGAUUAACCGGCGGCGCCAUGAGCGGCGCCAUGAAGCAGGGUUAAAGCGAAAGCCCAGCCUAACACUACAGCAGUCAGAGGACCUGGCUGAUGGCAAAGCACCUGCAGAAAACGUUGCUUCAAAAGAUGAAUCGAGUCCUCCCAAUCUUGGGCAAGACUGUCUGAUCAUAAAUUCAGAGAAGCCUUCCCAAGACACAGUAAAUUCUUCUGUUGUAGAAGAGAAUGGGGAAGUUAAAGAACUUCAUCCGUGCAAAUAUUGUAAAAAGGUUUUUGGAACUCACACUAAUAUGAGACGGCAUCAGCGUAGAGUUCACGAGCGCCAUCUGAUUCCCAAAGGUGUGCGGCGAAAAGGAAGCCUUGAAGAGCCCCAGCCUCCAGCAGAACAGGCCCAGGCCACCCAGAAUGUCUAUGUACCAAGCACAGAGCCAGAGGAGGAAGGCGAAGCAGAUGACGUGUACAUCAUGGACAUUUCUAGCAAUAUCUCUGAAAACUUAAAUUACUAUAUUGAUGGUAAAAUUCAAACUAAUAACAGCACUAGUAACUGUGAUGUGAUUGAGAUGGAGUCCACUUCGGCCGAUUUGUAUGGUAUAAAUUGUCUGCUCACUCCAGUUACAGUGGAAAUUACUCAAAAUAUAAAGACCACACAGGUCUCUGUAACAGAAGAUCUUCCUAAAGAACCUUCAGGCAGCACAAAUAAUGAGGCCAAGAAGCGGAGAACCGCGAGUCCACCUGCACUGCCCAAAAUUAAGGCUGAAACAGAUUCUGACCCCAUGGCCCCCUCCUGCUCCUUAAGUCUUCCUCUUAGCAUAUCAACAACGGAGGCAGUGUCUUUCCAUAAAGAGAAAAGUGUUUAUUUGUCAUCAAAGCUCAAGCAACUUCUUCAAACUCAAGAUAAACUAACUCCUCCUCCGGGGAUUUCAGCAACUGAAAUAGCUAAAUUAGGUCCUGUUUGUGUGUCUGCUCCUGCAUCAAUGUUGCCUGUGACCUCAAGUAGGUUUAAGAGGCGGACCAGCUCUCCUCCCAGUUCCCCACAGCACAGCCCUGCCCUUCGUGACUUUGGAAAGCCAAGUGAUGGGAAAGCAGUGUGGACCGAUGCAGUUCUGACUUCCAAAAAGUCCAAAUUAGACAGUCAUAGCGACUCACCAGCAUGGAGUUUGUCUGGGAGAGAUGAGAGAGAAACUGUGAGCCCUCCAUGCUUUGAUGAAUAUAAAAUGUCUAAAGAGUGGACAGCCAGUUCUGCUUUUAGCAGUGUGUGCAACCAGCAGCCAUUGGAUUUAUCCAGUGGUGUCAAACAGAAGGCUGAGGGUACAGGCAAGACUCCGGUCCAGUGGGAAUCUGUCUUAGAUCUCAGUGUGCAUAAAAAGCCUUGUAGUGAUUCAGAAGGCAAGGAAUUCAAAGAAAAUCAUACAGUGCAGCCUACUUGUAGUGCUGUAAAGAAAAAGAAACCAACCACUUGCAUGCUACAGAAGGUUCUUCUCAAUGAAUAUAAUGGCAUCGAUUUACCUGUAGAAAACCCUGCAGAUGUGACUAGGAGCCCAAGUCCUUGUAAAUCCCUAGAAGCUCAGCCAGAUCCUGACCUUGGUCCGGACUCUGGUUUCCCUGCCCCUACUGUCGAGUCCCCACCUGAUGUUUGUCCUUCAUCACCUGCCCUGCAGACACCCUCACUUACUUCUGGUCGGCUGCCUCCUCUCUUGAUUCCCACAGAUCCCUCCUCCCCUCCACCCUGUCCCCCGGUAUUAACUGUUGCCACUCCGCCCCCUCCCCUCCUUCCUACCGUACCUCUUCCAGCCCCCUCUUCCAGCGCAUCUCCACAUCCAUGCCCCUCUCCACUCUCAAAUGCCACCGCACAGUCCCCACUUCCAAUCCUGUCCCCAACAGUGUCCCCCUCUCCCUCUCCCAUUCCUCCCGUGGAGCCUCUGACGUCUGCUGCCUCACCCGGGCCUCCAACGCUUUCUUCUUCCUCCUCUUCAUCUUCUUCCUCCUCUUCGUUCUCUUCUUCAUCUUCCUCCUCUUCUCCUUCUCCACCUCCUCUCUCCGCGAUAUCAUCUGUUGUUUCCUCUGGUGAUAAUCUGGAGGCUUCUCUCCCCAUGAUGUCUUUCAAACAGGAGGAAUUGGAGAAUGAAGGUCUGAAACCCAGGGAAGAGCCCCAGUCUGCUGCUGAACAGGAUGUUGUUGUUCAGGAAACAUUCAACAAAAACUUUGUUUGCAAUGUCUGUGAAUCACCUUUUCUUUCCAUUAAAGAUCUAACCAAACAUUUAUCUAUUCAUGCUGAAGAAUGGCCCUUCAAAUGUGAAUUUUGUGUGCAGCUCUUUAAGGAUAAAACGGACUUGUCAGAACAUCGCUUCUUGCUUCACGGAGUUGGGAAUAUCUUUGUGUGUUCUGUUUGUAAAAAAGAAUUUGCUUUCUUGUGCAAUUUGCAGCAGCACCAGCGAGAUCUCCACCCAGAUAAGGUGUGCACACAUCAUGAGUUUGAAAGUGGGACUCUGAGGCCCCAAAACUUUACAGAUCCCAGCAAGGCCCAUGUAGAGCAUAUGCAGAGCUUGCCAGAAGAUCCUUUAGAAACUUCUAAAGAGGAAGAGGAGUUAAACGAUUCCUCCGAAGAGCUUUACACGACUAUAAAAAUAAUGGCUUCUGGAAUAAAGACGAAAGAUCCAGAUGUUCGACUGGGCCUCAAUCAGCAUUACCCAAGCUUUAAACCACCUCCAUUUCAGUACCAUCACCGAAACCCCAUGGGGAUUGGUGUGACGGCCACAAAUUUCACUACACACAAUAUUCCACAGACUUUUACUACUGCCAUCCGCUGCACAAAGUGUGGAAAAGGUGUCGACAACAUGCCUGAGCUGCACAAACAUAUCCUGGCGUGUGCUUCUGCAAGUGACAAGAAGAGAUAUACGCCUAAGAAAAAUCCGGUACCGUUAAAACAAACUGUGCAACCCAAAAAUGGCGUGGUGGUUUUAGAUAACUCUGGGAAAAAUGCCUUCCGACGAAUGGGACAGCCCAAAAGGCUAAACUUUAGUGUUGAGCUCAGCAAAAUGUCGUCGAAUAAACUCAAAUUAAAUGCAUUGAAGAAAAAAAAUCAGCUUGUACAGAAAGCAAUCCUUCAGAAAAACAAAUCUGCAAAGCAGAAGGCUGACUUGAAAAAUGCUUGUGAGUCAUCCUCUCACAUCUGCCCUUACUGUAAUCGAGAGUUCACUUACAUUGGAAGCCUGAAUAAACAUGCUGCUUUCAGCUGUCCCAAAAAACCCCUUUCUCCUCCCAAAAAAAAAGUUUCUCAUUCAUCUAAGAAAGGUGGACACUCAUCACCUGCAGGUAGUGACAAAAACAACAGCAACCACCGCAGACGGACAGCGGAUGCGGAGAUUAAAAUGCAAAGCACGCAGACUCCUUUGGGCAAGACCAGAGCCCGCAGCUCAGGCCCCACCCAAGUCCCGCUCCCCUCCUCAUCCUUCAGGUCCAAGCAGAAUGUCAAGUUUGCAGCUUCAGUGAAAUCCAAAAAACCAAGCUCCUCCUCUUUAAGGAACUCCAGCCCGAUAAGAAUGGCCAAAAUAACUCAUGUUGAGGGGAAAAAACCCAAAGCUGUGGCCAAGAAUCAUUCUGCUCAGCUUUCCAGCAAAACAUCGCGGAGCCUGCACGUGAGGGUACAGAAAAGCAAAGCUGUUUUACAAAGCAAAUCAGCCUUGGCGAGUAAGAAAAGAACAGACCGGUUCAAUAUAAAAUCUAGAGAGCGGAGUGGGGGGCCAGUCACCCGAAGCCUUCAGCUGGCAGCCGCUGCUGACUCGAGUGAGAGCAAGAGAGAGGACGGCAGCGCCAAGCAGGAGCUGAAGGACUUCAGCUACAGCCUCCGCUUGGCGUCCCGAUGCCCUCCACCAGCCGCCCCGUACAUCACCAGGCAGUGUAGGAAGGUCAAGGCCCCGGCUGCAGCCCAGUUCCAGGGACCAUUCUUCAAAGAGUAGACACCCUGCCUGCUCCCUGACAGCACCUGAAGUGACCUGGAAUCAGUGAAGCCAAAGGGACUGGCAGACUGCCCUGCAGGGAGUACCGACCUAUCCCAGUUGUGUGAGCCUGCGCGAGAAAGGGAGUGCAUGUGUGGGCGCGCCUUUGUGCGUGCAUGUGUGUGUGUGUGUGUGUUCUCGUGCGGGUGUGCGAGUGCUCUUCAAACAUGGGUCCUGAACCCCAGGGCGGCAGGAAGGCGGCCAACUCCAGGCUGUCCUUCGGCAUGAUGUCUGGAUGCAGCUCUCGGGAGCUCUGUCUUCCUGUUGGGGUGGGGCCUCUCCUACUAUGCAAUUUUUCAAGAGCUCCUUGACCCUGCAUUUCGCUUCCUGAGUUGGCUUUUGCCAUUAUGGGGACUUUGGUCUGACCCAGGGGUCAGCUUUAGGAAAGCCUUCAGGAGGAGGCCAAGUUCCCCUUCAGUACCACUCCCUCUCCCCACCUUCCCUCUCCUGCAACAUCUCUGGGAAUCCAUAGCAUAUUGACACGUUGGAGCCAAGCCCGAAGACUCCCCUUGGCCCCAGUACAUGGAAACCCCCCUUCCUUGCCUAAGGUAUCUGCGUUUCUGGCUCUUGAGUCAUUUCCAGACUUGAAAUUCUCAUCGGUCCAUUGCUCUCGAGUCCUUUGCAGAGAACCUCAAAUCAGGUGCACCUGGGAGAAAGACUUUGUCCUCACUUGCAGAUCUAUUUCCGCCAUUGGGAAGGGCAGGGAAUGGGGCCAGUGUGUGGAAGGGAGGGAUCUCCUGUGCCCUUCAUUACCACACUUGGUGGGACCAUGAACACCUUUAGUGUCUGAGCUUCUCAAAUUAGCCGCAAUAGGAAACAAACAAAUUGAGAAAUGAAAAAAAAAAAGGAAACAUUUAAAAGCACAGGGGGAAGAAGAGAUUUUGGAGGCCAUCCUGCCAGGGGUGGACAGGGCUGACUCCUGCUCUCUGGAACACAGUCCAUGUCUCGGAGAAACGGGUGAGCUGAGCUUGGCGUUUGGACCCAGUUCAGUGAAGUUCUUGGGUUUUGUGCCUUUGGGGCAGACCCCAGACGAGGAUGUCUGAGCCACUUGGGUGCUGUUUUCUCAGCUCCGAUUUCAAUAGCGAGCUAUCAAACCCAGAGCGAGAGGAAGGAGCUCUGAUGAGCACGAUCUGUCACACAAUAAAGGGAUUUUUUUUUUUUUUCAGGGCUACUAUGGUUGAUCUUGCAACUCUGUAAAUAUGUGUGUAGACACUUUUAAAAGCACGUAUUUAUGUCCCUGACUGUAAAUGCCCCAUUUUUAAAGUUUUAUAACUUGUGUUAUUUAAUGAGUCAGUCAGUCAGCUGCAGUAUGGGGUCUGCUAAGGGUCUAGGAGAAGGGUCUCAUGCGACCCUCACAUGGGCAGAAAAAUGCUGGUCAUUGGCCGACAUCGAGUUUUCCUGUUUUCCACCCAGCUAAAAACCGUUGUUUGCUUUAAAUUUUCAUAAACUGGAAUCCUUUCACCCGCUCCUACAGUUAACCCUCAUGAGCAUGACGUGCUGAGGCUGUUCCUUAUCCUGAUGAUGCGCUUCUGUCCCGUAAAUGUUAACACUCAUGAACCACAUCCCGGCCUCUCGGUUCUUGAGGGCCUCCCCUUGCAGCAGCGAGGAAAGCUCACAAACCCAAAACCUGGGAAGUCACCUGCAGCCCACGGUGAACUCUGGGAAAUUUGGUUGAGGCCUUGGGGUCACUCCUUGUUUGCAUGUGCAAAUGUGCUGGUCACCCUUCGACACUCCCAGACGGUCAGGAAAACUGUUCCAGCAACGAGAAGGGGGGAUGAUUUUGUAAAAGCGGCAUAGCCUGGUCAGUGUUGGUCUUCAAGACGACAGCUCUGUAUCUGCCAUGUGAAGAGAAUUAACAAUAAAAGUGUGAAGAGCGAUUGUGAGGAACAA